AUGGAAAAUCACGGAGACGCAGUUGCGCAGAGAUUCGGACUCGCUGCGUCCACGCAUGAAAGGUUCCAACGUGAACUGAGAGGUAUCUCUACAGAGCUGCAACACUAUACAGAAACCACCAAGAAGCUACUAAACUUUUCGGAAGAUAUUCGAUCCAUGUACGAUGACAUUCUCAAGUUCCGGGGCCAGGAGCUUUUGCAUGACAAUGGCGUGAGACUUGCGCAGAUUGCCCAGGCCGACUCGGUUGAGAACAAGACCAUGCUUUCACUCGCAGACAAGACGGCGCAAGACUCGCGCACCAUGCGCAUAGCUACCCUGAUUGCCAUGGUAUACUUGCCUGCGAAUUUGGUCAUGGCCUUUUUCAGUACGGUCUUUGUCUGGUUUGAUAGUGCUGGUGACGGAGAAGAGGAGGAGAGCCAAGCUUCUCAUCUUCAGGUCCACAGCUCAAUUUGGAUCUCUGUUGUCACCAUCUUGGUCCUUACAACUUGUACUCUAACGGCAUCAAUGUGGUGGGAGCGAAAGGAAAAGGCGCGCACCGAUAAAGACGAUUCCAAGGAGAAGCGAUUCAGUAAUGUGCAUUCAUUGUCAGAGGGUAUGGUAUAA